AUGGCCCUGAAAAAGAAAUUCAGUGGUUUAUGGGCCUUAGGUCUAUGUUUGAUAGCCAGCAAACCUGCCAAGGUAGCCAGCGAACUUCCCAAGGUGCCCUCUAUCAAAGACCCCCGCUUUAUUGAAGAGUGCGUCAGCCAUCACAAUGAAUGGAGAGGCAAGGUGAACCCCCCUGCAGCCAACAUGAAAUACAUGUCUUGGGACAAGGAACUAGCAAGACUGGCUAGGUCAUGGUCUACUGGAUGCAAAUUUUCCCACAAUCCCUGUAUUACGAAACGAUAUGCAUGCCAUGAUGCUUUUGACUUUGUUGGAGAAAAUAUAUUUUUAGGUGGAUUAAAAAGUUCACCAAAAUUUGUUAUUUCUUCUUGGUAUAAUGAAUCUAAAUAUUAUAACUUUGAUAACUUGUCAUGUUCUAAAACUUGUGGCCACUAUACACAGGUAGUUUGGGCCAAAUCACAUAAAGUUGGUUGUGCAGUUACAAAUUGUCCUAACCUCGGGGGACGGGCAACUGGACUAUUUAUAUGUAAUUAUGGGCCAGCAGGAAAUUAUGCAAACACAUACCCUUACAUAAAAGGAAAACCCUGUUCCCAGUGUCCAGAUGGCAGUGAAUGCUUAAAUAAUACCUGCUGGUAG